AAGACUUCCGACCACGCCGUCCCUGGUUACAUUGGAUCCGCCUGGGCCAGGGACCACUGACGAUGACGUCAGCCUUUAGUCAAAGGAUCAAGGAGGAGUUUCAAGCCAGCUACUUCUUUCUACAACACCCGUGUUCAGGCACCUUCGCCAGAUCAGAAUGGAAGGCCGGCCCCUCCGCGUUGUACCUGGUAUGGCGGGCGGUGUGGGCGGGGUACCAUAUCGGUAUCCUCGGCCUCAGUGGGUAUUUAACUCGGUUUACAGUCGACAACGAAGCAAAUAGGGUAAAGAUACUUGUGUACCUGACAAUAUGUAGCUACAUCGUCCUCGCACUCGCUGGCGUCGCCGACCUCGCCCUCUCCGUCUACUUCUACAUCUACAGGAAGCAGGAUCUCCGAGGAGCGGAAGCACCCAUGCCGUGGUAUUGCAAAGCAUUGUGGGUACUUGCCAACAUCUCCAACUCCAUGGCGUUUCUUGUCAGCCUGCUGUAUUGGGUGUUGAUACACGACUAUGAAGUAGGUUUCCAAGGUUACAAUUACAUAACCUUCUUCACCCACGGCGCCAACCUCAUCUACGUCGUGCUCAACCUCCUGGUGACAGCCAUGCCGGUGCGGCUGCUGCAUUUCUACCACGUGGUCAUCUACGGCAUCCUGUACGCUAUUUUCAACGCAGUGUACGUCUUGGCUGGGGGCACAAAUGACCAGAAUGACCACUACAUCUAUAAGUUUCUGGACUGGAACAAAAACCCAGGUUUAAGCUCUGCGAUAUCCCUAGAAGCGGUAGUUGGUACGAUCCUGUUCCAAGGGUUAUCAUAUAACGUCCGGGGGAAAGAUACUGUCACGCCAAUCAAUAUGAGUCUGAAGGCGACUAUGCAGGAGUAUCUGACAUCGUGCAAUGUCGACUUCAGACCAUCUGAAGCGGAAGAUCAACUCAAGGAGAAAAUUAGCCUGAAUAAGAAACCAGUAAAGUACAAGGAAGAUGUCCGGGCGGCACAACACGGUUACGUUGUCUUACGCAUGCCUGUCAGACAUUGUGAGCUGAACCCUACUGAGCCUGUCUGUGCUAACUGUAAAGGAGGGUUCAUGGCAAGACAUAACAAAACCAUCAUACUCAUACAUGUCAAAGGGUUGAUCAACGCAGCCUUUGCUGGAAUCACACCAGAGGGAUGGCAAAAGACAACAUCAUGCCCUGAAAUAGAACGUGGGUACCGGCAGAGUGAUAUCAGCGUAGAUAUCAUCCUUGUAGCACCAGGUAUCAUACCUUUGGGGGAUAGGACAGAUUCCCAUACGUUCAUCAGCUGA